GAUGUAUUUUUUUAUCGAAAUGUUUAUUCUGCACGCUACCUAGUGGACGAUGUAGAAAAAAUUAAGUGAUGCCACGCGAAGUGUUGUAUAAUUAAUAAAAAUGUAAAACACCGAGGUGUCUCUUGUCAUUAAACAAUCAGUCAUGUUUCGGCGUUAACCCGAAGACACGUCGCCACCUAGUAAUCCAUUUGUUGCUUGCCAGUAAACCCAGUAGUAGUCGACAUGUCGGUGCCUGGAAGUACCUCUGGCGUAGCAAAUCGACGUCAGAAGCGCAUGGGACCUGCACCCUUCGCCUCUUUCGAGGACCUCUCUGACGAGGUGAGAUCCCGUCUGGAGAGCCCCGAGGACAAGAACCCUGCGGGAUCGGUGGUGCGGCUGCCGGGCAUCCGCGAGGACGCCACCCCCACACCCAGCAACACGCCCGCGUCCGUGGACCAUCCCCCGUUCAUCUACACCGGGAUCAGCCUCGUGGGGGCGGCGACGCUCACGCCGCCGAACGCGGUCAUGCCCUUGCCCAGCCCCCAGGCCAAGCUGGGCCUCGUGCCGAACACCCCCAGGAUCGACAUCUCGCGGGCCAGCAGCUCCUCGCACCACGACAGCCGGGACAGCACGCCGGAGCGCGAGCUCUUCGAGACCCACGACCCCGCCACGGCGAAGCUGGGGUUGGGCUUCCGCGAGGAGGGCGCGCUCGACCUGCGGUCCUCCACCGAAGAGCUCGACUUCCAAGACCCGCAAGAGGUCAAGAAAAAAGGUAAAACGCGCCCACAGUCACCAUCAUGCUUGCACGAUGACUCGCACCAUCAGAGAAAAGAUUCACAGAGUUCCGAGUUGGGACUGCUUUGCAUAUCGGGUAGAACGUCACGUUUGUCUAGUAUCGGAAGUCAAGGAUCGGGACACAGCAGGUUGUCUAACGCUAGUCAUCUUUCUGUUAUCUCAGGCCAAUCGGGGCUGUCGAGGUCUCCUUCGCCGCAUAAAAUGUUACUAGAAACGUCGUUCUGUGGGACUAAGCCGCCGGAAGGGGCGCCCGCGACAAGCACAGAGCAAACUGGGACCAAAAUGGAGGCGGAAGUCCUCGAGAAAGUAUUACUAGCGAGGAAGCAAGACCCUACGCAGGCGGUCUUGGCCGAGGGGAUAUCGGUUGCCGAAAAGCUACCUCCGGAGAAGCCAGUCCGGAAGAUAGAAAAACGUGUACAAAGUGUUAAAAGUGAUAUUACCAUUAAAGUAGACGAACCGCAAUCCGGGAUUAGCAAUAAUACACCCAAGUUACCUAGGAAAUUUGUGUCGAAAAGUGGCGUAGAAUACAUAUAUAUACCUUUAAAGGGUCCUUUACCUAUAGAUAAAGACGGCGAAGGCGCUGCUACCAAAUCAACCACCAACCCAACCACAAAGACGAAAGUUCGGGAGGUUAAAUCCGCAACUAUCCAAUCGAAAACGAAUCAGGUCACCACGAAACCGAAGGCAAAGUCAGCAACUCCGUCACCUGUCACCGUGAAAAAGGAAGAUCAGCCUAAAUACAUACGAAUAAAGCUAAAACCCGACUACAUGUACAAUCAAGAGGAAGAAGAAUCUUCGGGUUCCACGCCAGAAUUCAGCAUGCAGAAGCCGGACACGUUGAACUUGUCUAGAAAAACGUCACAAAACCUCAGCGAAAUCAUUGCCAUACAAAAAGAAGAACCUCCUCCUAAAGUGGAGCCAGGUAUAAGUCUUUCAAGUACACCUAGCGCUAGUCCGAAGUUGCCAAGACAAACUUUCUUAAAAGACAACAUCGGUAGCAAAACACCGUCACCGUCUCUGUCACGAAAAAGUUCAUUCGCUUCCCUUUUUCGAAGCAAAGAAACCAUACUUAGCCCGGAAUCUCCGACGGUUCCAGGCUGUAGAAGAAAAAACACAAUCACGGGUAUUUUAAGAGAAGCUAGCGAUAGUUUACGAGAACGUAGUAGAAGUCGUUCGAAAAGUAGAGAGCGAGACAAAUCGGCGACACUAUCCACAGCACCGUCAUCGACCGAAAGCAUAGAUAGCAAACAUAAACAGAAAUCAGUAUUCUCUAGAUUUAAAUCAAAGAAAGGUGACAACAAAUCCAAAGCUGAACACGAAAGUACAAGUUCGAGCGAAGUUCUACCAAGUAUCGAAGGUAUUGCCAAAGUAGAAUUUAAAUUUAACGAUAGUUCCAAAAAGAAAUAUUACGAAACUCCAUUAGAAGGUGAUAGCAUUCGUAUUCCGCUGCACUCUCCCACUCACUACGAAGACCGCAGCAUUUUACAAGACUUGAAAACUUCCAGUCAAGAUUCUCAAGAAACUGUUAUAGAAGUUUGUAGAAACGUCGAAGCCAUCGUAGAAUCGGUUCCCAAAGAAAUAGAAAGCAAUACAACCAAGGUGCACAGUUCCAAACCCGAACUAACAAAAAGACAAAGUAGUACAAGUAGCGAAAACGUAGUUUUUUCAACGAAAUUAGGAAGUAAUAACGAAAUUUUCUCAACCAAGUUGCCCAAAGACAAGCAGAAACCUCACGCUCCGAGUAACGACGAAAAAGUCGCCCCUCCUCCCAAAGCGGUGACCCCUCCUCAAAAAGCAGCCACUCCUCCUUCGAAAGCGCCGACGCCUCCGCCGAAAGCGGUGACUCCUCCAUCAAAAGCCGUGACGCCUCCCCCGAAAGCCGUCACUCCUACUCAAAAACCGGUCACGCCUCCGCAGAAAGCUAUAACUCCUCCGAGUGUCGUUCCCAAGGUUCCCGAAAACGCCGUCGAGAGUAAAAGAGAACCUCGAGCCGACCCAAAAAGAAGCAAUAAUAGAAUUUCGACCAUAAGUUCGACAGCAGAGGACGAUCGAUACUCGUCGGGGUCCGAACGGGACUCAGAGUUGGAUUUUGCCAAAAGCAGGAAAGACUUGGAGUUGAAGCUAGAUUUAGAUUUUCUGGAACCUGAGCGUAAAGGUCUGGUUGUGCAACAGGACUCGUACGAAGAUGAGCUCCCGUACAUACCUACCACGCUUCCUCAGGAGAGAUCAGCAGCCGUUCCUAUCGUGCCAGUGAAACAACGAUCCACUUUCGAAAUGAAGACGUAUCCAAUUGAGCGGCCGCGAUCCACCACUCCGAUCAAUCCCAGCUGCUUGGAGGAAUACUGCGAAGAGGUAAUGGGGAAUUUCAACACGGAAACCGUCACGAAAACGAUAGAGAAGUUGAAGAUUUCGUUACCGAAGCACGAGUCUAUGGAUAAGCCUGCCAAGUCGCCCAGGAAACCUAGCAAUACAAAUUGGUUUGAGUUUGCGGAGAAGGGCAUCAGCACGUCUGGUCGGAGGUCUUCUUUGACGCAAGAGAGUGAAACUCCGCCGCCGCUUCCUCCCAAAGGGAUACAGAAAGAGUGGAUUAAUUUCGAGGAGAUUCCAGAACGCAGGAAACCUCCCAAAAGGAUACAAACUUUGCCCUCGAGGGGACACAUCGAUGUGCCGGAUUCGGUGCUCCAAGACAACGUUGUAUAUAAUUACGUGAAUCCAGAAGAGUGUAAAUGCGAGUGUCACGAAAUCACGGCUAGAGAAAGAGAGAAGAGGGAAAAAGGGAGCGGUGGUAACGUGCAAGAGGAUGAACUGCCUUUGUUAGAAGACGAACAAAUGGACGAUGAGAAGGCCGUCACGGAAGUAGCGGUUGAUCGACUCAAAUUAGAUGCUGCUAUUGCUGAUCGUAGAAGCAUAGUAAGUGAUUCUUCAGUAGAUUUAAGUACAGCUAUUGAACCUCCGGAAGCGAACGGUGUUGUUAAGCUGAGAACUCCAUUUACGAGCGAUUUAGGAAUGUCCAGCAACAGAUCUAGCAUUAUAUCCCAGGUAGAUGAACCUGAAUCACCUGAUUCCGGAUCGCCAAAUGCCUUUCCCAAAAGUCUUAAACCUUAUUAGGAUAAAUAAUGAGAAAUUAGUUAUAGUUUUCGUAUUUUGUUUAAGAAAUCAUUUCCAAUCGAAGCAAGCAGUGUUAUAUAAGAAACAUCAAAAAAUUACAAAAAAAAUGUGACCUUUUAUUAAAAUUUUGAUGUUACCAUUUUAGAAAUGAACAAUUUCAACAUGGCGCCCAAUCCUCAACAAUAACAAGCCUUUGUAUGUGUGUACGUAGGCCUAUCUCUUGUCCAAAUGUUACUACCAUACUGUUAUUACUGUAUUUCUUGUUACCUUCUUAAAAUUUAGCUUCGAUAUUAUUGUUAUAAGCAAUUGUUUACAUUAAUAUCACCGUGGUUUUCUAUAUUCUACAAAAAACGAUGUACUUACAGAAUCCGUAAUUUAUUCUUUUAUACCAUUUUUGCCACGAUAGGUAUCACCAAAAUAUGACGUAAAUAUCAUUUUCCUGUUACAUUAUUGUUUCAUGUUGACAGUGAUUAUUAUCAUAUUUUGCUUGUUUAUAAAUAAUGUUGAUACUUAUUAAGUCACGAAAUACUAUUGUACAGUAAUGUUCAGUAAUAAAAUA